UAAAUACCCAGACUUAAAUAACUCCAAUUUCUUAUCUUCCAUCAAAAUCGAACUCUCUCUUCUAAAAAAUUUCCGGUGAAAAUGUCAGGCCGUGGUAAGGGAGGCAAGGGAUUGGGCAAAGGAGGAGCCAAGCGUCACAGGAAGGUUCUCAGGGAUAACAUCCAGGGCAUCACCAAGCCUGCCAUUCGCCGUUUGGCUCGCAGAGGCGGCGUCAAGCGUAUCUCCGGUCUCAUCUACGAAGAGACCAGAGGUGUUCUCAAGAUCUUUCUCGAGAACGUCAUCCGUGACGCCGUCACUUACACUGAGCACGCUCGGAGGAAGACCGUCACCGCCAUGGAUGUCGUCUAUGCUUUGAAGAGGCAGGGAAGGACCCUCUAUGGAUUUGGGGGUUAAAUCAGAUUAGGGUUUGUUUAGGAUUUGGGUUUCAGAUCUGGGUGUGAUGAAAAUUCUGCUGUUAAUGUAAUUUGCAUCCUUAUAAUCAAGUAAUACAUGUUUGAUUUCUUAGUAA